AUACUUGCAGACUAUUGAAAAUUGUGCAUUGGUGUUGAAAAUUUCCUGUGUCUUUUGCAGGGCAGCAAAACUCCCUCAUAAGACUUGGAUCCAAAAAGAGGCAAACCAGUAGUGCAUCCUUUUCUCAACGUCUUCGAUAUAAUGCACAAUCUUGAAACUUCCUGGCCAACUUUUAAAAAGGACCCAAAUGUCCCCUCAAUGGCUGUCAAAGGAGUCUCCGUUUUAAUUGUAUCCGCAAGUUUGCAAAGGAAUUGAAACAUGUCUGACGGUGCUAGGCAGCGUCUGGAAUCGAACUCUCCCAUCGAGAUAAGUUUCAACAAAUUGAGCUUAUCGCAGAAGAUGCGAAAAACAAAAAGUGUCAAGGCUGUGCCAACAGCUGCUGGCAAUGAAUCCACUCACAGAUCUCGACGCUCACGUGUCCCAGAUAAGCCCAAUUAUCCGAUCAAUCUGUGGUCACUGAUGAAGAACUGCAUUGGCAAGGAUCUGUCCAAGAUACCCAUGCCAGUUAACUUUAACGAGCCUAUCUCCAUGCUGCAGCGGCUGGUCGAGGAUUAUGAGUACUCCGAAAUACUGGACACUGCAGCCGCCUGCACGGAUGAGUGCGAGCAGCUAGCUCACUUAGCUGCUUUCACAGUCUCAGCCUAUGCAACGGCAGCAAGUCGGAUUAAUAAACCAUUUAACCCACUCCUGGGAGAGACCUAUGAGUGCGAUCGCACCGAUGAUCUCGGGUGGCGCUGUCUGGCCGAGCAGGUGUCGCAUCAUCCACCCGUCUCUGCACUGCAUUGCGAAAGCAAGGAAUGGAUCACCUGGCAAGAGUUCUCCAUGACGAGCAAAUUUCGUGGCAAGUCCUUGCAGGUUAAUCCAGUUGGUGGUGCCUACGUUUUAUUUACCAAGAGUGGAAAUCGCUAUUCGUGGCGCAAAGUGACGACUACAGUGAACAACAUAAUUGUUGGCAAACUGUGUGUAGAUCUCGAAGGAGAGACCGAAAUAAUUGGCAGCAAUGGCAACAAGUGCACCCUAAAAUACACGCCUUACUCUUACUUCAGCCGCAAGGCUCAGCGCAGUGUUAAGGGAUUCAUCUACAAUCGCAAUAAUGAGGCGAAGUGGGUUGUGCGUGGCACCUGGGAUGACAAGAUCGAGAUAGCGCCCGUGCUGGGUGGCUCAGCGGACGGAGAGACCUUCACGACUGGCGACUCCAGGAUCGCAUGGAAGCGUCGACCAGGACCGCCGAAUGCAGAUAAGUUUUACAACUUCACCACACUUGCCUGUCAGCUGAACGAGCCGGAGGAGGGCGUGGCGCCCACUGAUUCGCGUCUGCGUCCCGAUCAACGACUGAUGGAGGAGGGCGCCUGGGACGAGAGCAAUGUGGAGAAGCUACGCCUUGAGGAGAAGCAGCGAACGAGGCGACGAGCGCUUGAAGCAGAGGCCGAACUGGCGGCAGCCGAAGGAAGACCCUAUCCAGCGUAUGAACCCAUGUGGUUCGAGCGAAAGAAGGCGCAGGAUAGCGAGGACCUUGUGCACGUCUUCAAGAAUACGUAUUGGGAGGCCAAGGCGGCCCAGGACUGGAGCGGCUGUCCUGUCAUCUACUAGAGAGAACUGCACUAUAUAUAUGCUUAAUAUAUGCUUCAAUAUCGCGCUCUCAUCCCGAAGACAUUCGCAGUCAAACUCCUACAACUAUUUAAUGCAAAAAGGUAAAACAAGCCUGUAUUGGAAUUUCCCACAGAUCUUUGAAAAUGAGUUUGAAGCCAGUCAGAAACGGAAAAAAAUGCCUCAUAUUAAGUUGACCACAAAUUUUCCACCUCGAACGGUGGAUUUUCUGAAAUAGGAUUGCAUUUUCGUUGAGUUUUCUCUUAGAAAACUAUUUUGAAGAACGAAAAUGAGUUUGAGGGCAAAAGUUGAAUUUCAUAAAACAGUUUUCAACCUAUUUUUUCGGUUUUGGGAGCGCAUUUCCCAAAAUCGCUAAGUAACACAUAUUUAAUAAGUUGUUAUUUAGAGCUUUGGAAAUUAGUCUUAAGUUGAUCGGAGCAAAGAUAAGUUUCGGCCCACGUAAUCUUGACCACCAAUUUUUGACCCAAUGGGCUAAAUGUUCUUUUGAAGGCGGAUUUUCCAAAAAAAUAAAAAAUUAAUAACAUGUAGAGCUUUGCUUAAAAAUGGACGACGGUGCAACCUUUACCACCAAUUUUUCCACCCAGUGGGUUGACUUUUUCACAUCGAUCGAAUGAAAAACAAAAAUAAUUUGUAUGCAACAGUUUUCCAUUAUUUUCCCCACUAUGUGGGUUGCAUUUUCCAAAACCCAACGGCUUAAAAUAAAGCUUUAGUCCAUAUAUUAGCUUUGUAGAUACAGCUUAGGCUGUUUUAUUUAUAAAUAUUUAAAAGAAAAACAACAACAACCACAAAAAGACGCACGAAACAAGUUUUCCGAAAAUUGUUUUGCCCUUGUUGGGUAUGCGAAAGUUACAACAACAAAAAAUACACUAUGUAAUAUAUAUGUAUGUAUUUAUAAACAGCGCAUGGUGAAUAUGUUAAAUGCGAAAAAUGUAUGUCCUGUAUUAAUUGAAAUAAAGCAAACAAAUGUAUGGUUACCAAUUA